UGGCCUCGCUAGAGUUCCUUGUAACUUUGUAUUCUUUGUCUGUAUACAUUAUAUUAAAUGUGCGAAAUAUAAUAAACCAAACAAUCCGGAGUCUUCGAAUUAUAAGUACUAUUAUCUUUAAUCGUGAGACAGUAAAGCUUAAACCAAUUUAUGUUAUUCUUGAAAUAUUUUGCAUUGCAUUAAUUCAUUGUUAUUCGUUACAAAAAAAAUUAAAAAGAGAAAAACAUGACUUUAGAAGUACAUGAAUAUACCACUGACAAAUUGAAACAUUUAAAAACUGGAUUCAUUGAUUUUUUUGCUGGAUCUCUUGGAGGAAUUGCUUUAGUGUACGUAGGGCAGCCACUUGAUACAGUAAAAGUCAAAAUGCAAACAUUCCCUAACAUGUACAGUGGAAUGGCAAAUUGUUUUAUGAAAACAUUAAGAACUGAUGGUUUAGCUCGAGGAUUAUAUGCUGGAACCCUUCCCGCUGUAGUAGCAAAUGUGGCUGAAAAUUCUGUUCUUUUUGCAGCUUAUGGUGGUUGUCAACAAGCUAUUGCACGUAUUACUGGAAAACAGAACGUAAAAAAUUUAACUAUUUUUGAUAACGCAUGUGCUGGAUUUUUUGCUGCAUUUUUUUCUUCUUUAACUUUAUGUCCUACUGAACUUAUAAAAUGUCGUCUACAAGCAACGCGAGAACUUCAAUCUGUACAAGGUGGUAUAAGGCAAUACAUUAGCCCUUGGUCACUCACGAAAAACAUAAUUCGGGAGAAUGGAUUUACAGGAUUAUUCAGAGGUCUUUCAUCAACAAUUGCCAGAGAAAUGCCAGGUUAUUUUUUCUUUUUCGGUGGCUAUGAACUGACAAGAACUCUUCUCGCUAAACCUGGACAAAGUCGUGAUGAUAUUGGAUGGCAAAAAACUAUGGUUGCCGGUGCAGUUGGUGGAAGUGUUCUUUGGCUUGUUAUUUUUCCUGCUGAUGUUGUCAAAAGUCGAAUUCAAGUUAAAAAUCUUAGGGAGCCUGCGUUAGUUAUCAUGAAGCAAGUUAUUCGAGAAGAAGGCGUUAGUGCACUAUACAAUGGUUUAAAACCUACACUAAUUAGGACAAUUCCAGCAACUGCAACACUUUUUGUUACUUAUGAAUAUACGAAGAAAAUUAUGAGUUCAUUACUGGGUGUUUGAUAUUAAAAAAAAUUUAGAGUUAACUAAUGUCUUAACUCACCCUACAGCAACUGUUUCUUUUAUCAUUCUAUUUUUUCUAUAAUUAUUCUUGUUAACGUUAAAAUUUUUGAAGAUUUAAAAAUUUUCUAAUAAAUUAUGAAAGAAUCUAAAAUGAUUCGAAAAGUUUUUCAAGCAUUUUUAUAGAAGAAAUUUCUUCAUACAAAAUGUAAAUUUCAUAACUUAAAAAAAAUUGAAUGGAUUUGUAUUAUUUUUUAUUUUACAAAUCUAUGAAAAACAAAUUGUCAAUUUUUGUAAAAUAUAGCUGGUCUAUUUUUACGAAUGAUAUUGCCAAAGCAUUACCUUUAUAGUAAUUAUAAUAAAAAAAACAAUUUUGUAAUACUUUUAUGAUGAUUUUAUCGAUGUUGUAUUAUUGACAUGAUUUGCAAAUAAUAGACUUCGAAGAUAAUUUUUUCUGUCUUCAACUGAUACAAUGGACAUCCACUUGGUAGCUAACAGCUACAGAAUAUUUAUUAAUUAUUAAAUAUUUAUGUUAAAGGACAAAUAAAUAGAAAUAAAAAAAAUAAAAAAUAUUUAC